AAGCUCCACCAGUGGACGGUUUCAAGCUCCCCCCGGCUGAAACCCUGCCUGAUUUGUGGGCAAUGUUGGGGAUGUAGAAAAAAAAAAGAAAAAGAAGGAAACCGGAGUGAAGAGAGCGCAGGGUAGAGACAGGGAGACAACACUAACCGGGUAGCUAUGGAGAUGGUAGGUUUUCCUGGUAGCUUUCUUUGACAGGUGUCGAGUGGGAUAAAAUUAAAAGUACCAGAACAGCCUCCAAGAUGUACGGCAAAGGCAAAGGAGCCGUGGUCCCCUCCGACAGCCAAGCGAGAGAAAAGUUAGCAUUAUACGUGUAUGAGUAUCUGCUACAUGUGGGAGCACAGAAGUCCGCACAGACCUUCUUGUCUGAGAUUCGAUGGGAGAAGAAUAUUACAUUAGGGGAGCCUCCCGGAUUCCUCCACUCGUGGUGGUGUGUAUUCUGGGAUUUGUACUGUGCGGCUCCAGACCGAAGGGAGACAUGCGAGCACUCCAGUGAGGCAAAGGCCUUCCAUGACUAUAGCGCAGCUGCGGCGCCCAGCCCUGUGAUGGGCAACAUGCCGCCCAACGACGCCAUGCCAGGCGGUCCCAUGCCCCCGGGCUUCUUCCAGGGACCACCUGGCUCUCAGCAGUCCCCCCACGCACAGCCCCCCCCACACAACCCCAGCAACCCCAUGAUGGGACCCCAUGGCCAGCCUUUCAUGUCACCACGGUAUCCAGGUGGACCACGCCCCUCACUCCGAAUGCCAAAUCAGUUUCCGCGUCUGGUCUUUCCUCAGCCCCCGGGGGGGAUCCCUGGAUCUCAGCCGCUCCUGCCAAACAGUUUGGACCCGACAAGACCGCAAGGACAUCCUAACAUGGGCGGACCGAUGAGGAUGAACCCUCCUCGGGGAAUGGCCAUGGGCCCACAGAAUUAUGGAGGUAUGAGGCCUCCUCCUAACUCCAUGGGCGGCCCGAUGCCAGGAAUGAACAUGGGUCCCGGAGGAAGAGGGCCUUGGCCAGGACCUAAUGCUAACUCUAUAGCAUACUCCUCCUCAUCUCCAGGAAACUACGUGGGCCCCCCAGGCGGAGGAGGUCCACCUGGAACUCCCAUCAUGCCCAGCCCAGAUUCUACUAACUCGAGCGAAAACAUCUACACAAUGAUGAAUCCUAUCGGACCGGGCGGCAACAGACCCAAUUUCCCUAUGGGACCUGGGCCUGACGGGCCGAUGGGAGCUAUGGGAGCCAUGGAGCCGCACCACAUGAACGGAUCACUAGGGUCUGGGGAUAUGGAUGGGUUGCCAAAGAGCUCCCCGAAUAACAUGGGGGGCAUGAACAACCCUCCCGGAACGCCGAGAGAUGACGGCGAAAUGGGCGGAAACUUCUUGAACCCAUUCCAAAGCGAAAGUCCCUCUGGCACGGCCCUGGAGCAUGCUGGGACUCUAACCAAGACGGGCCCUCCUGGAGCAUGCAAGAUGGCCUCCGGUCUGAACAGGAAGCAGUCACAGGGCAACAGGAAGAGCCUCCUCUCUGACUCCGGCCCCGGCCUCCCUGGCUUCCUGUCAGGUUCUAGACAAUGAGCGAGGGGAGGAGGACAAACGGAGAGAGCGGCGGGGGGGGAGGAGGAGAGCGAGAGAGGAGACUGGACAACGCAGCUGCCCCGUGAAGACGCAGAGUUAGUUCUUUUAGCAGCUGCCUGGAAAUUUCUCAACCACGACUUUGGACUUUUUAUCACGAUCGUUUUAGUUGCCGUUCGUCCCGAUGGGUUCAGUUGAGGGUUGGAUGAAACGACCCCCCCCAACCCCCCCACAUUGUUUACUCUGUGUGUACAUUUUUACCAGAGAUGUUGUGAUGAUCAGUGAACUUUGUUCCCCCUCAUUUUUUUGUGUAUGUAUUGUAUCGAUGCUAUUUUUAUUAUUGUAUAAUUGUUAUUGAUAAUAAUGGUAUGAUUAUUUUAAGGUUAGGUUCUAAUUUCUGCUGUUUCUAAGGGCACAUUAUUAUGAUGAAGACAGCACAUGUGCAAACAAAUCAGAAAUCAUUUGCUGUGUAACAUGCGGCUCCGUGUGAGCACACUGCCCCCUGCAGGUAAGAUCUCAUCAUCUCGGUACUGAUUGGCCUUCUUUUUUUCUUUCUCUGUUUUAGCAACCGUAAAACAUAUUUUUAACUCCUUGUUCAAAAUCCAAACCAGAAGAAGCGCCUCCUGUUUUAGUAGCUUCCAUGCAGUGAAAUGCACAGCUCUAUUUAUUUAUAUACUUUAAAUUUGUCUUAUGAAUAAUUGUUACUUUUUUUAAAGUGUUAUCCCUGUUAUGUUUUUUUUUUUUUUUUUGUUAAUUGCAGAACUAGUAGCAACUGUAAAUAUGCAGACCAAGUCAGCAGCGUCGUCUCAUCUGUUUGACAUCAUUAGACACACUUUCUGAGCCCUAAAGGUGCUGAAGUCCCCCCCCACCUCCCCAACACACACACACACACACACACCGAUUCAUGCUGCUUCCACUAAAGCCGCCCACUAAGGUCCGCGUCCCCUCUGACAUGCGCUCGGCCUGCGUUCUCAUCUCUGCUGAGCUGUAGUGAGCAAUUGUUUUCGUUGACGAGUCCUCAACACACUGUGAUGUAUGUCUGUGCUUUAUGGAAAUUUGCUUUUGCACACCUGAUGAUGGGUUUAGACUGCAGACGGGCUGUCACUCAUGCGGUGCUCCUACUGAAAGGUCGUCUGGCUCUCUGCUGAUCAGUUUGUUUGUUUUUGUGACGGAGCAAAGCAGGAAGAAGAGCGGCUCUGUAGACUGUAACCAUCGUCCUCCCUCUGCCUCUUUCUCACCUUCCCCGACGGGCCAGCACGCCACCCUCUCCGAUUUAUUUUUUGUACAACUCUCACCUUCUUCACCAUCUUGGGAUUUCAUUUUCUUGUAAAUACUGUAAAAUGCAUUUUGAUAUCAUUGACAUGUUUUGAUAUUUUCAAAUCACGGCAGCAGUUGAUCAGAAACGUGCUGAUUCGUGGCUGCGUGUUUGUUUGUCCAGAGACGGUGUGUCUUUUGAUAAGCAUCAGAAACUGGAGCUGCUAUAGACUAUUAUGCUAUUUCACCUCGUCACAGACGGACGCGGUCGCGCGCGUCAGAGCGGGAUGGGGUCACGCCGGCUGAGGGACGACCAUUUCUGAAGUGGGUGUGUUUGAUCGCCUUUAGCUAACUCACUGUCACACACAUUUCCUCAAGGAAUCGUUUAAUUAAACACGAUUCUCGUUCAGAUGUCUGUCUGUCUCUCUCUCUCUCUCUCUCUCUCUCGCAAAUAAAGCCCCCCCCCAAAAAAGGGGCAUAUUGUUCACUGUUUAACAGGAUUUGCAGGAACCAAACCAGAGUACCGUUUUUUUUCGUAAUCAAACUCACUCACGUCUCACUCUGAUAAAAGUGCGUCUAUCUUCCCUCUUGACCUGAUUGAAAGCGACACACCAGGGACCAGAGUAAAGACUUUACUAUGAAGGAUUUUUUUUUUUUAUCUAUUUAAAAUGGGCUGAGGAGGAAGGUUUUUGGAAAGUAAAGCAGGGACAGGUGUGUUCUGGUGGCUGAGCAGAGGUAGAGAGGAACAGGCCUUUCCUUCCCUGUACUUUUGAAAUACUGUUGUAUAAAAUGCAGUCAAACUUCUCUCUCUUUCUGUCCUGUAAGUAAAACCGUCACAACGUUGAUCAUUUCUGUAUUUCUAUUGUGCUGAUGUAUAAUACUGUAACAUUCAGGGGUAGGGAGGGUAAAGAGAGGAUUUCUUUUGGGGGGAGUAAAAAGUUUUUCUGUUCAGUUCCAAAUUUUUUCCUCUUGAUGACAAAGCAGUAUUGAAUAUGAGGCAGUCUGUCCUUGGGGAGUUGCUUUGUAUCUCAUGUUAGGGUAGUUUCAGAUCCUAAAUGUCUCGUGUAGUAAAAUGAGAGGUUCCUUCUUCGUAUGUUUCUUUAUAUUGUAAAGUUUCUUUAGACAAAAAAAUGUUGCUUAUUGGAAAAAAGGUGGGAAAACUGCAUUGGUAAUGUAUUUUCUUUUUGCUUUUCUUUUCAUUUUCAUCAAGUUGUCAGUUGUUUUUGCCUGUGUCCCCCUUGUUGUAGAUACAUAUUAAAAACAAAUAAAAUGACUUCACUCCUUUUGCCAUGAA